GCUACGCUUCAGCUACGAUCGCUAGUAGCAUUUUAGGUUGGGCCACGGAGUCAAGCAUCAGAAUGGCGUGGAAGAAGGUUCUAGCGACUUUAAGUAUUGGAUUUUGUGCUUCACUUCUGUUUGGUGUGCUGGUAGUACCUUGUGAAGGAAUCGUUGGUGGAAUACGAUCAGCCACACCUCCGCUCGAUGAUCCGGUAGUGUUUGUGCGAGCUGGUGGUCGGGCAGCUCGUAUCGAGGGCCUGCGUAACCGCAAUUCAGGACUCUACUCGUUCCUAGGCAUUCACUAUGCGGAAUCUCCUACCGGACAGAAUCGUUUCGCACGGCCUCAGUAUCGUCAUCUCAGUGGAGACAUCAAUGCAACUCAGCACGGACCACCCUGUCCCCAGCCGAAAUCGGACAAUCCGUACCGCGUGAUCGGCCACGAGGAUUGUCUGCUGCUUAACAUUUUCACCCCACAGAUGCCGGACGAAACGACGGGAUUGCCGGUGGUGGUGUGGAUUCAUGGUGGAGGUUAUCGGUACGGGUCGGCCUCUCAGUACGGUGCCGAACCGCUCACCGCAAACGGCGUGAUCUUUGUCCCGAUCCAGUAUCGGCUCGGAUCGUUCGGUAUGGUCGGGGAUGGAAGUCGUGAUUUGUCCGGUAACUUGGCCCUGCUCGAUAUGGCGACGGCUGUUCGAUGGGUGAAGGAUUAUAUCGGAUGGUUUGGCGGAGAUCCGGCUCAGAUCAAGCUGAUCGGUCAUGGAUCGGGUGCAUCGGCUGCGAUGGUGCUUGCCUCGGCCACUAUGGCGCGAAGCUCUAUCACCGGUGUGGUUGCGAUGUCCGGUUCGUCCGUGCAACCGAAUGCGUACGAACGGGAACCUCAGGUUGCGUACCAAGAAGCUACCAUGCGCCAUCGCUGUGGGGCUGGAAAUGAAACCGAAGUGGUGAAGUGUCUGCGCACCAAGACAACCGAGGAGAUUGUGCUGAUGGAUUCGGAACUGCAGGCAGAGCGGUUUAGUGGUGAAAAACUUGUGAAUGGUGUUACGCCACAGGCUGGCCUUAAUCCUGUCAUCGAGGAGAAAGAUGAUGGACGGGGGCUGUUGGGAUUGCUGACGGACAAACCGGAGGCAUCGCUGCUGGCCGGAGACUUCCCUAAAAUCCCGCUGCUGAUCGGUGUGACAAAAGACGAAACAGCUAACGCGAUCGACGUGAAAGAGAUCCAGUCCACAUUUAAAGGAGCUACAAAUUUCCUCAAAAAAACAAGCUCGUUGGUUGGGUUGGACGGGUUCCUGAAUGUGGAGAAGCAGGUACAAGCGUUAGAUAGCGUCGGGGGCGUACUGAAACUGGACAAGUAUCUCGAAAUCCCAAGCAACUGGGAUGUAACACAGGUGUUGGGCAAACUCGUGGAAGCAACGACCGAUGCCGUGUUCAAUCUGCCCGCCGUUGUGUCUGCCCAGGCGUGGAGCAAAAGCUCGAAAGCGUUCAUGUACAGCUUCGAGCACCGGUCGGACAACACGAGAGGGCGUGACUUCCUGACCGGUUUGCCAAUCGUGGCCAAGGCAGGGAAGAACGGUGCGGACGAGCGGCUGGUGGCGCACGGUGAUGAAUUGGGCCUGCUGUUCGAUACGCACGACGUGUUCGGAAAUCCCAUCCAAUCGGCGUCCGUCAAGUCAGCGAAGGACAUUAACGCGCGGAAGUCAUUUGCUUCGUUUAUAGCCAAGUUUGCGUACCUCAACAUGACCAGCAUGCAUCAGGACAAUGUUUUCAAGAGCUUCUCCAGCAAGGGAACACCGUUCGUGAAGGUCGGCGAAAAGAUUGCGGUGGAUAAUGACUUCAGAUUCUGUCAACUGUCCAUCUGGGGGGCACAGCUGGAAGCGCUGAAAUCACUUUCCUGCUCGUUCCUGGGCGAAGGGCUUGGCUCCGUCAGCAAAGUGGUCGGCAAUGUAGUGCCCAUUAACAAAGUGUCCGGAUUACUGUUCGGUGGAUAGUCGUUGCGAGAGUGGCACAGAGUGCCACGCAAAACACAAGAUAGUGACCCGGUUUUAUGAUGUACAUCUUUUAAGACGCCCGAAUGAGUGGAAUAAGUUUCCCCAAUCCUCGAGUCCGACUUUAUGCUUAUCCAACGCUACCGUGCUUCUACCCGUUUCCGAUGGUGAACGGACUGGCCAUAAUAAAGUGUACUUGUGUGGUACAUAAAACUGCA